UUAUGACUGAAAUUUACCAGUGAAUUUCCGGAGGAUAUUUUUAUCUUUCAUUAUUAAUUUUAUGUUUCCAUAAUUGAUUUUAUGUUUCCAUAAUUAAUUUUAUGUUUUUCAUAAUUAAUUUUAGUUAUUUCAUUAAAUGGACGAGGUGAGAGUGCCUCGUAGUUUUAAGCUAAUUGACGAGCUUGAAAGGGGCCAGAAGGGCUGCGUAAGCGACGGCGUUUCAUUCGGCCUCGAACGACCUGACGACAUCACACUCACCAAUUGGUCCUGCACAAUCCUCGGAUACCCCGGGACGAAUUAUGAGAAUCGGAUUUAUUGUUUGUCUGUUACGUGUGACGACGAGUACCCGGAGAAGCCGCCAAAGUUAAAAUUCAUCACCAAAAUUGCGCUCACGGGAGUUGACUCCAACGGAAACGUAUCUCCACACCGUCUUAACAUUACAGUGUUAUCGGAACAUUUUAGUACGUUGAAAUACUGGAAGCGGCAGCUGACGAUAGAAUCUGUUCUGGUCGAUAUUCGCAGACAAAUGGCAAGCCAUUUCAACCGAAGACUACUGCAACCCGAAGAAGGAACCACCUACAACUAA